AUGGAGGAAGUGAGGAGCAGCAGUAGGCCGGCAGCAGGACAGGAGAAGGAAUGCAGUCAGGUUGCAGGGUCCAACAUGGCCCCCGUCAUGGAGACCAAGCCUAGUGUGUAAAAAAUGUACACUUGUUGAUCUUUAGUGCAUGAGCCGUUGUAAUUGGCUGUGAUGUGACUUAAUUGUAGCUGUUAUUCUGCCAUUGUCGUCUCUGUGUCCUGUCCAAUCAGACUUAGGCGAUGUAUUAACUGUCCAAUCAGACUUAGGAGAUGUAUUAACUGUCCAAUCAGACUUUCUUAACCAGACUUAGGGACAUUCUUAACUGUCCAAACAUCCUUAGGGACAUUCUUAACUGUCCAAACAUACUUAGGAACUUUCUUAACUGUCCAAACAUACUUAGGGACAUUCUUAACUGUCCAAACAUACUUAGGGACAUUCUUAACUGUCCAAACAUACUUAGGGACAUUCUUAACUGUUCAAACAUACUUAGGGACAUUCUUAACUGUCCAAACAUACUUAGGCACUUUCUUAACUGUCCAAACAUACUUAGGGACAUUCUUAACUGUCCAAACAUACUUAGGAACUUUCUUAACUGUCCAAACAUACUUAGGGACAUUCUUAACUGUCCAAACAUACUUAGGCACUUUCUUAACUGUCCAAACAUACUUAGGGACAUUCUUAACUGUCCAAACAUACUUAGGAACUUUAUUAACUGUCCAAACAUACUUAGGCACUUUCUUAACUGUCCAAACAUACUUAGGGACAUUCUUAACUGUCCAAACAUACUUAGGCACUUUCUUAACUGUCCAAACAUACUUAGGGACAUUCUUAACUGUCCAAACAUACUUAGGAACUUUCUUAACUGUCCAAACAUACUUAGGGACAUUCUUAACUGUCCAAACAUACUUAGGAACUUUCUUAACUGUCCAAACAUAUUUAGGAACUUUCUUAACUGUUCAAACAUACUUAGGGACAUUCUUAACUGUCCAAACAUACUUAGUGACAUUCUUAACUGUCCAAACAUACUUAGGGACAUUCUUAACUCUCCAACCAAACAUAAGAACUUUCUUCACUGUCCGACCAGAUUUAGGAAAUUUCUUCACUGUCCGACCAGAUUUUGGAAGAAAACUAGGAAACAGUAGUCAGGUACUGCAGCAUGACAGUGACCAGAGCACUGUAGAGAUGAGUAGUGUCUGGUCCAUGUGGAGCGGUGCUGAGUCUGGAGCAGUGUAGUAGAGAUGAGUAGUGUCUGGUCCAUGUGGAGCGGUGCUGAGUCUGGAGCAGUGUAGUAGAGAUGAGUAUGUCUGGUCCUGUGGAGCGGUGCUGAUCUGUAGCAGUGUAGUAGAGAUGAGUAAUGUCUGGUCCAUGUGUGAGCGGUGCUGAGAGUCUGGAGCAGUGUAGUAGAGAUGAGUAGUGUCUGGUCCAUGUGGAGCGGUGCUGAGUCUGGAGCAGUGUAGUAGAGAUGAGUAGUGUCUGGUCCAUGUGGAGCGGUGCUGAGUCUGGAGCAGUGUAGUAGAGAUGAGUAGUGUCUGGUCCAUGUGGAGCGGUGCUGAGUCUGGAGCAGUGUAGUAGAGAUGAGUAGUGUCUGGUCCAUGUGGAGCGGUGCUGAGUCUGGAGCAGUGGUAGUAGAGGAUGAGUAGUGUCUGGUCCAUGUGGAGCGGUGCUGAGUCUGGAGCAGUGUAGUAGAGAUGAGUAGUGUCUGGUCCAUGUGGAGCGGUGCUGAGUCUGGAGGCAGUGUAGUAGAGAUGAGUAGUGUCUGGUCCAUGUGGGAGCGGUGCUGAGUCUGGAGCAGUGUAGUAGAGUAUGAGUAGUGUCUGGUCCAUGUGGAGCGGUGCUGAGUCUGGAGCAGUGUAGUAGAGAUGAGUAGUGUCUGGUCCAUUUGGAGCGGUGCUGAGUCUGGAGCAGUGUAGUAGAGAUGAGUAGUGUCUGGUCCAUGUGGAGCGGUGCUGAGUCUGGAGCAGUGUAGUAGAGAUGAGUAGUGUCUGGUCCAUGUGGAGCGGUGCUGAGUCUGGAGCAGUGUAGUAGAGAUGAGUAGUGUCUGGUCCAUGUGGAGCGGUGCUGAGUCUGGAGCAGUGUAGUAGAGAUGAGUAGUGUCUGGUCCAUGUGGAGCGGUGCUGAGUCUGGAGCAGUGUAGUAGAAUAGCAGUACCACACAGGGGACCGUGGUCCUGUCCCCUCCAGCAGGAUACUGGCAUGUCUACUUUCGUUUCACUCUGCAACACGUUUGGCCUUGGACACCAAGCUCCACACUAUAGAGAUAGUGACGUGGGAAUUGGGAUGGUUUUGUUUCUGUGAUGGCCUUGGACACCAAGCUCCACACUAUAGAGAUAGUGACGUGGGAAUUGGGAUGGUUUUGUUUCUGUGAUGGCCUUGGACACCAAGCUCCACUCUAUAGAGAUAGUGACGUGGGAAUUGGGAUGGUUUUGUUUCUGUGAUGGUUUUAUUGCCUGGUAGCCUGGCUGGUGACAUUCCUAACACCACAACUCAACAACAGAUACUAGUCUGCCACUGUAACAGUCUAUGUGUCCUUCUCUUGCCAUUGGAUCCUCUCAGUUCUACCUGUUACUAUCUGGCUUCUUAUUCGGUUUACAUUCUAAGAAUUGUGCAGACAAGUUCUCCAAAAUGUAGAGCGUUUACUAUGAUCCUACUGUCCAGAGACCUCUGAACUGAUGAGGAGAAUUUGGCCAGAAAAGGGUAUGUUCUGUUUAUCUUAAAUACCCAGUGUGAUGAGAUGAUAACAUGGUGCUGUCUGCCCCCCACCAGGCCCUCAGAGCCCCUGUGAGAGGACUGACCUGCGGACGGCCAUAGUGGCAGAUCACUUGGGUCUGAGCUGGACUGGUAAGAACACACUAGCAUGUCUCCCCCUGGAGGACAGCAGUAGAAUGACAGUCUCUCUCCUACUGCAGCGACAUAGUGUACCAGCCACACACACCAUUACACCACACACUGACUGGAGAAGGGCUAGAAUACAUUAGAUGAGAUUACAGAUUGUGACACCAUACUGUUCCUGUUGAUGACUGAGCUGGGUCUGUUCCAUCUGGAGGUUCCUGUCAUUAUUAUUAGGAGGGAAAGGGAGUGCCCUCUGCAGUGUGCCCUUCCCAGCCCAGCUCCCCUCCCCUCCCCGUCUACACUGCAGCAUUACGGACAUGUCUGUCCUGGGGAGGAGGAGAGGAGAGGAGAGGAGAGGAGAGGAGAGGAGAGGAGAGGAGAGGAGAGGAGAGGAGAGGAGAGGAGAGGAGAGAGAGGAGAGGAGAGGAGAGGAGAGGAGAGGAGAGGAGAGGAGAGGAGAGGAGAGGAGAGGAGAGGAGAGAGGAGAGGAGAGAGAGGAGUCUAAUCCAUAUUUAAUGUGUUUCUGUUUCAGAGCUUGCCAGGGAAAUGGAUUUCUCUGUAGAUGAGAUCAAUCACAUCCGUGUGGAUAACCCCAACUCUCUGACCACUCAGAGUUUCAUGCUUUUAAAGAAAUGGGUUAGCAGAGAUGGUAAAAAUGCCACAAGUAGGUAUCCCAUUUCCUCCCUGAAAUGAUUACGUGUUUUAUGUAACUUUUCAUUACUGAAACCCCAGAUUAAUCCUGUAGCAGCAGCAUCGCACAGGUCACAGAGCUGUCUCAGGUCAUUACUCUACACAGAGCUGUCUGGCUCAAGGCUCAGAGCAUAGUACUGGCUCCAGGUUGCAUCUCAUCAGACAGAUCAAAGAUUGGGUCAUAAAUUCAUGACCAAGUUGACAGAGAGCCAGCCCUGUCUGACUGUAGAGAACCAGCCCUGUCUGACUGUAGAGAACCAGCCCUGUCUGACUGUAGAGAACCAGCCCUGUCUGACUGUAGAGAACCAGCCCUGUCUGACUGUAGAGAACCAGCCCUGUCUGACUGUAGAGAACCAGCCCUGUGACUGUAGAGAACCAGCCCUGUCUGACUGUAGAGAACCAGCCCUGUGACUGUAGAGAACCAGCCCUGUCUGACUGUAGAGAACCAGUCCAGGCUGUCUGACUGUAGAGAACCAGCCCUGUGACUGUAGAGAACCAGCCCUGUCUGACUGUAGAGAACCAGCCCUGUCUGACUGUAGAGAACCAGCCCUGACUGACUGUAGAGAACCAGCCCUGUCUGACUGUAGAGAACCAGCCCUGUCUGACUGUAGAGAACCAGCCCUGUCUGACUGUGGAGAACCAGCCCUGUCUGACUGUAGAGAACCAGCCCUGUGACUGUAGAGAACCAGCCCUGUGACUAUAGAGAACCAGCCCUGUGACUGUAGAGAACCAGCCCUGUCUGACUGUAGAGAACCAGCCCUGUGACUGUAGAGAACCAGCCCUGUCUGACUGUGGAGAACCAGCCCUGUCUGACUGUGGAGAACCAGCCCUGUGACUGUAGAGAACCAGCCCUGUCUGACUGUAGAGAACCAGCCCUGUGACUGUAGAGAACCAGCCCUGUCUGACUGUGGAGAACCAGCCCUGUGACUGUAGAGAACCAGCCCUGUCUGACUGGAGAACCAGCCCUGUCUGACUGUAGAGAGCCAGCCCUGUGACUGUAGAGAACCAGCCCUGUGACUGUAGAGAACCAGCCCUGUCUGACUGUGGAGAACCAGCCCUGUCUGACUGUGGAGAACCAGCCCUGUGACUGUAGAGAACCAGCCCUGUCUGACUGUAGAGAACCAGCCCUGUGACUGUAGAGAACCAGCCCUGUCUGACUGUGGAGAACCAGCCCUGUGACUGUAGAGAACCAGCCCUGUCUGACUGUGGAGAACCAGCCCUGUCUGACUGUAGAGAGCCAGCCCUGUGACUGUAGAGAACCAGCCCUGUCUGACUGUGGAGAACCAGCCCUGUGACUGUAGAGAGCCAGCCCUGUGACUGUAGAGAACCAGCCCUGUCUGACUGUGGAGAACCAGCCCUGUGACUGUAGAGAACCAGCCCUGUCUGACUGUGGAGAACCAGCCCUGUCUGACUGUAGAGAACCAGCCCUGUCUGACUGUAGAGAACCAGCCCUGUCUGACUGUAGAGAACCAGCCCUGUCUGACUGUAGAGAACCAGCCCUGUCUGACUGUGGAGAACCAGCCCUGUCUGACUGUAGAGAACCAGCCCUGUCUGACUGUGGAGAACCAGCCAGACUGUAGGGACUGAUGCUAUGGCUCCUGUCUCAUGCUAGUCUUCUCUAGCCAGUCCCUCCAGGAUUCUGCGAUCCCUACAUAUUAUGUGAAGUGUUGUAUAUUUGACCAAUCACUGCACUAUUUCUGCAUAAAAAAUAUAAAAAAUCGCAAUAUUAACGCAUAAAAGUGAUCCAUCGCCGCAGUACAAGAAGAGGACUCACAAUUUCAACUCAUCACUGCACAUUUACCACAUAAUAUGGUCCAAUCAACCCUAACCCUAACCCUAACCCAAUCAGGUCCAAGAUGGCGUAGCAGUGCGGUCGUGUUUUCUGUAGUGUCCUCGUGUAAAUAGCCUGUUUUCAGUUUUUUUGUCUUUUUCGUAUAUAUUUCUCAAUCUCACGUUCCAUCCUUUAACUAAAUAUACUUUCCUGCAACCCGCCUCACCCAAUGUGGAACGGAUUCUAUUAUUUCUUUAUACAACAACUUUUUAUCUAGGACCUCCGGCUGAAACUAGCCAGCUAGCCAGCUAACUAGCUACUUGCUAUCAGCUACCGUUAGCGGUCUUCACCAUUGUCCGUGGCCUGCACUACCUACCAGCCAGCUCUAGGCCUGCACUACCUACCAGCCAGCUCUAGGCCUGCACUACCUACCAGCCAGCUCUAGGCCUGCACUACCUACCAGCCAGCUCUAGGCCUGCACUACCUACCAGCCAGCUCUAGGCCUGCACUACCUACCAGCCAGCUCUAGGCCUGCACUACCUACCAGCCAGCUCUAGGCCUGCACUACCUACCAGCCAGCUCUAGGCCUGCACUACCUACCAGCCAGCUCUAGGCCUGCACUACCUACCAGCCAGCUCUAGGCCUGCACUACCUACCAGCCAGCUCUAGGCCUGCACUACCUACCAGCCAGCUCUAGGCCUGCACUACCUACCAGCCAGCUCUAGGCCUGCACUACCUACCAGCCAGCUCUAGGCCUGCACUACCUACCAGCCAGCUCUAGGCCUGCACUACCUACCAGCCAGCUCUAGGCCUGCACUACCUACCAGCCAGCUCUAGGCCUGCACUACCUACCAGCCAGCUCUAGGCCUGCACUACCUACCAGCCAGCUCUAGGCCUGCACUACCUACCAGCCAGCUCUAGGCCUGCACUACCUACCAGCCAGCUCUAGGCCUGGACUACCUACCAGCCAGCUCUAGGCCUGCACUACCUACCAGCCAGCUCUAGCCUGGACAAUUAUCGGCCAGUCUGCACAGUCUGCACAUCGCGCUAUCGAGCCAGAACAUAUCGGAGUUUCUGCCAGAAUCACUGAAUCACUGGACCUUAACACCGGAUCAUCGCAACUAUCUAGCUGCAACCGAAUGGCUGUUGUUGUUGUUGGCUAAUCAACACUGUCCCGAAGCAAGCCCCAGUUAGCCUUGAGCUAUCCUCGAGCCAGGCCCACCUCCCAGCUAGCUACCUCUCUGUCAACCGGACGAGACCUCCUAGUGUCGACACGGAGCCCCGCCAAUCCAUCACGACUGGUCUGCCGACGUAAUCGUCUGAUGUGGUUUCAACAGGCUUCCCGUUGCGACGACCACGAAGAUCCAUCUGCUAGCCCCGGCCCGCUAGCACACGCAAUCAACAGCCGUGCCUCCCGCUCGCCUGUGCUGUAGAAGCCACAGAACUGCUCCCGGACUCACCUACUGCUGUUCACUGGACCUUAUGAUCACUCAGCUACACAGCUGAUGCCUGCUGGACUGUUCCUUUAUACGGUACCCUGUCCUGUUGAUCUGUUUAGCCUCAGCUCAAACUUUCGUCGCCAUUACCAGCUGUUGUCUCGAGUAACACCUGUGAUUGCUUUAUGCCUCUCUCCCAUGUCAAUAUGCCUUGCCUAUUGCUGUUUCGGUUAGUUCUUUACUGUACUUUUUCACUGUAGAGCCCCCAGUCCCGCUCAACCUGCCUCAGAUUUACAUUUUACAUUUUAGUCAUUUAGCAGACGCUCUUAUCCAGAGCGACUUACAGUUAGUGAGUGCAUACAUUUUUCAUACUUUAGAUAGCUCCUUUGUCCCACCCCCCACACACGUGGAGACUGGCUCAAUCGGUGACUCCAGUGAUGCUAUCUCUUUCAUCGUUACCCAACGCUUAGGUUUACCUCCACUGUACUCAUAUCCUUCCAUAUCCUUGUCUGUACAUAAUGCCCUGAAUUUAUUCUACAACGCCCGGAAAUCUGCCCCCUUUAUUCUCUGUAUCCAACGCACUAGAAGACCAGUUCUUAAAGCCUUUAGCCUUUAGCCGUAUCCUUAUUCUAUUCCUCCUCUGUUCCUCUGGUGAUGUAGAGGUUAACCCAGGCCCUGUAACCCCCAGUAUCACUCCUACUCCCCAGGCGCUAUCAUUUGUUGACUUCUGUAACCGCAAAAGCCUUGGUUUCUUGCAUGUUAACAUCAGAAGCCUCCUCCCUAAGUUUGAGUUAUUCACUGCAUUAGCACACUCCGCCAACCCUGAUGUUCUAGCAGUGUCUGAAUCCUGGCUUAGGAAGGCCACCAAAGAUUCAGAAAUGUCCAUUCCCAUCUACAACAUUUUCCGUCUAGAUAGAACUGCCAAAGGGGGUGGAGUUGCAAUCUACUGUAGAGAUAGCCUGCAGAGCUCUAUCAUACUAUCCAGGUCUGUGCCCAAACAGUUUGAGCUUCUACUUCUAAAAAUCCACCUUUCCAGAAAUAAACCUCUCACUGUUGCCGCUUGCUACAGACCCCCCUCAGCCCCCAGCUGUGCCCUGGACACCAUAUGUGAAUUGAUUGCCCCCCAUCUAUCCUCAGAGUUCGUACUGCUUGGUGACCUAAACUGGGAUAUGCUUAACACCCCGGCCGUCCUACAAUCUAAACUAGAUGCCCUCAAUCUCACACAAAUUAUCAAGGAACCUACCAGGUACAACCCUAAAUCCGUUAACAUGGGCACCCUCAUAGAUAUCACCCUGACUAAUUGACCCUCUAAAUACACCUCCGCUGUCUUCAACCAGGAUCUCAGCGAUCACUGCCUCAUUGCCUGUGUCCGUAAUGGGUCCGCGGUCAAACGACCACCCCUCAUCACUGUCAAACGCUCCCUAAAACACUUCAGCGAGCAGUCCUUCCUAAUUGACCUGGCCCGGGUAUCCUGGAUGGAUAUUGACCUCAUUCCGUCAGUAGAGGAUGCCUGGUUGAUCUUUAAAAGUGCUUUCCUCUCCAUCUUAAAUAAGCAUGCCCCAUUCAAAAAAUUCAGAACUAAGAACAGAUAUAGCCCCUGGUUCACCCCAGACUUGACUGCCCUUGACCAGCACAAAAACAUCCUGUGGCGUACUGCAUUAGCAUCGAACAGUUAGGAAAGCAAAGGCUAGCUUUUUCAAACAGAAAUUUGCAUCCUGUAGCACUAACUCCAAAAAGUUUUGGGACACUAUAAAGUCCAUGGAGAAUAAGAGCACUUCCUCCCAGCUGCCCACUGCACUGAGGCUAGGAAACACUAUCACCACCGAUAAAUCUACAAUAAUCUAAAAUUUCAACAAGCAUUUUGCUAUAGCUGGCCAUGCUUUCCACCUGGCUACCCCUACCCUGGCCACCAGCUCUGCACCCUCUGCUGCAACUUGCCCAUUCCCCCCCCCCCCGCUUCUCCUUCACCCAAAUUCAGAUAGCUGGUGUUCUGAAAGAGCUGCAAAAUCUGGACCCCUACAAAUCAUCUGGGCUAGACAAUCUGGACCCUUUCUAAAAUUAGCAGCCGAAAUUGUUGCAACCCCUAUUACCAGCCUGUUCAACCUCUCUUUCGUAUCGUCUGAGAUCCCCAGAGAUUGGAAAGCUGCCGCGGUCAUCCCCCUCUUCAAAGGGGGUGACACUCUAGAUGACACUCUAGAUCCAAACUGCUACAGACCUAUAUCCAUCCUGCCCUGCCUUUCGAAAGUAUUUGAAAGCCAAGUUAACAAACAGAUCACCGACCAUUUCGAAUCCCACCGUACCAUCUCCGCUAUGCAAUCUGGUUUCCGAGCUGGUCAUGGGUGCACCUCAGCCACGCUCAAGGUCCUAAACGAUAUUAUAACCGCGAUCGAUAAAAGACAGUACGGUGCAGCCGUCUUCAUCGACCUGGCCAAGGCUUUCGACUCCGUCAAUCACCUCAUUCUUAUUGACACUUUAAAUAGCCUUGGUUUCUCAAAUGACUGCCUCGCCUGGUUCACCAACUACUUCUCAGAUAGAGUUCAAUGUGUCAAAUCGGAGGGCCUGUUGUCUGGACCUAUGGCAGUCUCUAUGGUGGUGCCACAGGGUUUCAAUCCUCGGGCCGACUCUAUUCUCUGUGUACAUCAAUGAUGUCGCUCUUGCUGCUGGUGACUCUCAGAUCCACCUCUAUGCAGACGACACCAUUUUGUAUACAUCUGGCCCUUCAUUGGACACUGUGUUAACAAACCUCCAAACAAGCUUCAAUGCCAUACAGCACUCCUUCCAUAGCAUCCAACUGCUCUUAAACGCUAGUAAACUAAAUGCAUGCUCUUCAAUCGAACGCUGCUGGCACCCGCCCGCCCGAAAUAGAAUCACUACUCUCGGCGGGUCUGACCUAGAGUAUGUGGACAACUACAAAUACCUAGGUGUCUGGUUAGACCGUAAACUCUCCUUCCAGACUCACAUUAAGCAUCUCCAAUCCAAAGUUAAAUCUAGAAUCGGCUUCCUAUUUCGCAACAAAGCCUCCUUCACUCAUGCUGCCAAACAUGCCCUCGUAAAACUGACUAUCCUACCGAUCCUUGACUUCGGCGAUAUCAUUUACAAAAUAGCCUCCAACACUCUACUCAGCAAAUUGGAUGUAGUCUAUCACAGUGCCAUCCGUUUUGUCUCCAAAGCCCCAUAUACUACCCACCAUUGUGACCUGUACGCUCUCGUUGGCUGGCCCUCACUACAUAUUCGUCGCCAAACCCACUGGCUCCAGGCCAUCUAUAAAUCACUGCUAGGCAAAUCCCCGCCUUAUCUUAGUUAAUUGGUCACCAUAGCAGCACCCACCCGUAGUAUGCGCUCCAGCAGGUAUAUCUCACUGGUCAUCCCCAAAGCCAACACCUCCUUUGGCCGCCAUUCCUUCCAGUUCUCUGCUGCCAAUGACUGGAACGAACUGCAAAAAUCUCUGAAGCUGGAGACUCUUAUCUCCCUCACUAACUUUAAGCAUCAGUUGUCAGAGCACUAUGGCCUAUUUAUUGCCUUACCUCCAUAACUUACUACAUUUGCACACACUGUAUAUAGAUUUUCUACUGUGUUAUUGACUGUACGUUUUUGUUUAUCCCAUAUGUAACUCUGUGUUGUUGUUUUUAUCGCACUGCUUUGCUUUAUCUUGGCCAGGUCGCAGUUGUAAAUGAGAACUUGGCUUACCUGGUUAAAUAAAGGCAACAAAAGUUUUCCCUCAUCAGCGCAUUUUCGUGAUAAAUUGGUCAAAAUCAUUGCAUAUCGUCAUGGAAAAUGUCAUAAUUGCUGCUGAAAAAUCAAGCAUUUUAGCCUGCAGAUAUCACGAAAACUCUCAGCGGAAACCUCAAGGGACUGUCUACUCUCAGAUAAGUCAUGUUACCGGCUAUAUGUUGGUCACUUAUCAUAAGAGCUUUUUUUCUAAUAGUGAUAUACUGUAUGUAUUUCAUUAUACACUGAACAAAAAAAGAAACGCAACAUGCAACAAUUUCAACGAUUUUACUGAGUUACAGAUCAUAUAAAGAAAUCAGUCAAUUGAAAUAAAUUAAUUAGGCCCUAAUGUAUGGAUUUCACAUGACUGGGAAUACAGAUAUGCAUCUGUUGGUCACAGAUACCUUUAAAAAAAGUAGGGAGGUGGAUCAGAAAACCAGUCAGUAUCUGGUGUGACCAUUUUCCUCAUGCAGCGCGACACAUCAGGCUGUUGAUUGUGGUCUGUGGAAUGUUGUCCCACUCCUCAUCAAUGUCUGUGCGAAGUUGCUGGAUAUUGGCAGGAACUGGAACACGCUGUUGUACACGUCGAUCCAGAGCAUCCCAAACAUGCUCAAUGGAUGAUAUGUCUGGUGAGUAUUCAGGCCAUGGAAGAACUGGGACAUUUUCAGCUUCCAGUAAUUGUGUACAGACCCUUGUGACAUGUGGCCGUGCAUUAUCAUGCUGAAACAUGAGGUGAUGGCGGCGGAUGAAUGGCACGACAAUGGGCCUCAGGAUCUCAUCACGGUAUCUCUGUGCAUUCAAAUUGCCAUCGAUAAAAUGCAAUUGUGUUCGUUGUCCAUCGCUUAUGCCUGCCCAUACCAUAACCCCACCGGCACCAUGGGGCAAUCUGUUCACAACGUUGACUAUAGCAAACCGCUUGCCCACACGACGCCAUACACGCUGUCUGCCAUCUGCCCGGUACAGUUGAAACCGGGAUUCAUCCGUGAAGAGCACACUUCUCCAGCGUGCCAGUGGCCAUCAAAGGUGAGCAUUUUCCCAAUGAAGUCAGUUACGACGCAGAACUGCAGUCAGGUCAACACCCUGGUGUGGAUGACGAGCACAGAGAUGAGCUUCUCUGGGACGGUUUCUGACAGUUUGUGCCUAAAUUCUUCGGUUGUGCAAACCCACAGUUUCAUCAGCCGUCCGGGUGGCUGGUCUCAGACGGUCCCGCAGGUGAAGAAGCCAGAUGUGGAUGUCCUGGGCUGACGUGGUUACACAUGGUCUGCGGUUGUGAGGCCGGUUGGACAUAUUCUCUAAAACGACGUUGGAAGCGGCUUAUGGUAGAGAAAUUAACAUUCCAUUCUCUGGCAACAGCUCUGUUGGACAUUCCUGCAGUCAGCAUGCCAAUUGCAUGCUCCCUCAAAACUUGAGACAUCUGUGGCAUUGAGUUGUGUGACAAAAGUGCACAUUUUAGAGUGGCCUUUUACUGUCCCCAGCACAAGGUGCACCUGUGUAAUGAUCAUGCUGUUUAAUCAGCUUCUUGAUAUGCCACACCUGUCAGGUGGAUGGAUUAUACAUACACAUACAAUAUUCAGUUAGUAUAAAAAAACACUAUUUGGACAUUUUGUUACUAUAAAAACGGUUUCAAGUCAAACUCCUCGUUAAGGCCAAGUGGAGAUAGUGUGUUGAGCCUGUGGAUCCAGAAAGAUUCCAUUUGAAGAAGUUUCCUCUCAAUGUCCCCUCCCCUGCGUGACGUCUUGACCGUUUCUAUUCCAGUGUAUCUCAGAGAAACAAUAGGAGGUCCAGCUUGUACAAAAUGAAUAGCAACCAGAUGUUUUGUCUCACCUGUCCGUAUAUUGCUGCGGUGCUCACUGAUCCAUGUCUUUUAUUUCAGCUCAUGAAACAUCGUUUAGAACAUGGGGAGGAAGUUGCUGUCAGGAUGUUAAGAUGUGAUUAGUAAACUGUCCUCAAAUGUUUGAAUACUGUUGUGUAUUGCUGUAUUAAGUAUAUUAACCAGUUUGUCUGUUUCUGUCUUUUACUGUAGCGGAUUCCCUUACGGAGGUCCUGACUAAGAUCAAUCGGAUGGAUAUUGUGAAAUUGCUGGAAGGGCCAAUAUUUGACUAUGGUAACAUUUCAGGCACAAGAUGCUUUGCUGAUGAUAACGCAGUUUUCCUGGAUCAGUGUGAUGGUAAAGUUUAGCCCCAUCUAGCGUAACUCUAUCUCUUUCUUUACCUCUCCUUCUUACAGAACAAGCCAGGCUAAACUUGUCGAACAUAGAGCCAGUCAGGCUAAACUAGUCGAACAUAGAGCCAGUCAGGCUAAACUAGUCGAACAUAGAGCCAGUCAGGCUAAACUAGUCGAACAUAGAGCCAGCCAGGCUAAACUAGUCGAACAUAGAGCCAGCCAGGCUAAACUAGUCGAACAUAGAGCCAGCCAGGCUAAACUAGUCGAACAUAGAGCCAGUCAGGCUAAACUAGUCGAACAUAGAGCCAGCCAGGCUAAACUAGUUGAACAUAGAGCCAGCCAGGCUAAACUAGUCGAACAUAGAGCCAGUCAGGCUAAACUAGUCGAACAUAGAGCCAGUCAGGCUAAAUUAGUAGAACAUAGAGCCAGCCAGGCUAAACUAGUCGAACAUAGAGCCAGUCAGGCUAAACUAGUCGAACAUAGAGCCAGUCAGGCUAAAUUAGUAGAACAUAGAGCCAGCCAGGCUAAACUAGUCGAACAUAGAGCCAAUCAGGCUAAACUAGUCUAACUAGACUCAAUCUGAACAUGAUGAUGACAGAUCAGAUGUUGAUUUUAUAUUUAAUACAGCCCCCUGAAAUCAAUCAACACUGAUACUUUUCCAACAUUGCUGUGUGUUAAUGACCCUGUCAGGGGGCAUAGAGCUCUACUACUGGAUGUGUGACUGUAUUUAUGUUGUGUUCAGUAUAAAAUAGCAUGCUGCUUAAUAAGCCUCUGAGGAAUCACAACUCUAACCUGUCUGAUCUAUAAGAUGUUCUUAAUUUGACCAUGAGAGCAAAGUUUAUUUCAUUCAGAUGGGUUAAAGAUUUGGUUGAUAUAUUGUUCUAUAAUAGUUAUGUUAUGUGUAUACUGAUUUGAAAAAUAUAGUAAUGUUUAACACACUACAUUUGUCACAUUUAUAUGAUUGUCAAAUACAUGAAAACAUUAUUAUGUUAACCAAUUUCUAUGGCAUAUGGUUCCUGUCUGUUAGAUAGUGGUGUAUUGUGGUACUGCUAACCUCCUGUUCUGACAGCAUGGCUGUGGCUUUAAGGACCCUCUGCUUGUUAUAGGGCUGUUAGUUAGUACCUCUGGUUUCUCUGAGCCUUCCUACCCUGCAGUUAUCCUGCUUCUGACUCGCUGAACCAGACCACCUAACCCCUCCCUGCUAACCUGCUACCUGCCCCUCCCUCCCUGCUGACACCCUCCAGCCAACACACUGUACUGUUAACAUGCUUAACAUAUACAGGUAAAAGUCAGUAAAUUAGAAUAUUUUGAAAAACUUGAUUUAUUUCAGUAAUUGCAUUCAAAAGGUGUAACUUGUACAUUAUAUUUAUUCAUUGCACACAGACUGAUGCAUUCAAAUGUUUAUUUCAUUUAAUUUUGAUGAUUUGAAGUGGCAACAAAUGAAAAUCCAAAAUUCCGUGUGUCACAAAAUUAGAAUAUUGUGUAAGGGUUACAUUUUGAAGACACCUGGUGCCACAAAAUAAUCAGCUGAUUAACUCAAAACACCUGCAAAGGGCUUUAAAUGGUCUCUCAGUCCAGUUCUGAAGCCUACACAAACAUGGGGAAGACUUCAGAUUUGACAGCUGUCCAAAAGGCGACCAUCGACACAUUGCACAAGGAGGGAAAGACACAAAAGGUUAUUGCAGAAGAGGCUGGCUGUUCUCAGAGCUCUGUGUCCAAACACAUUAAUAGAGAGGCAAAGGGAAGGAAAAACUGUGGUCAGAAAAAGUGUACAAGCGAUAGGGAUCACCGCGCCCUAGUCAAGAUUGUGAAAAAAAACCCAUUCAAAAAUGUGGGGGAGAUUCACAAGGAGUGGACAGCUGCUGGAGUCAGGGCUUCAAGAUCCACCACCAAGAGACGCUUGAAAGACAUGGGUUUCAACUGCCGCAUACCUCGUGUCAAGCCACUGUUGACCAAGAAACAGCGCGAAAAGCGUCUCACCUGGGCUAAGGAAAAAAAGAGCUGGACUGCUGCUGAGUGGUCUAAAGUCAUGUUUUCUGACGAAAGCAAAUUUUGCAUUUCCUUUGGAAAUCGAGGUCCCAGAGUCUGGAGGAAGACAGGAGAGGCACAGGAUCCACGUUGCCUGAAGUCUAGUGUAAAGUUUCCACCAUCAGUGAUGGUUUGGGGUGCCAUGUCAUCUGCUGGUGUCGGUCCACUCUGUUUCCUGAGAUCAAGGGUCAACGCAGCCGUCUACCAGCAAGUUUUAGAGCACUUCAUGCUUCCUGCUGCUGACCUGCUCUAUGGAGAUGGAGAUUUCAGGUUCCAACAGGACUUGGCGCCUGCACACAGCGCAAAAUCUACCCGUGCCUGGUUUACGGACCAUGGUAUUUCUGUUCUAAAUUGGCCAGCCAACUCCCCUGACCUUAGCCCCAUAGAAAAUCUGUGGGGUAUUGUGAAAAGGAAGAUGCAGAAUGCCAGACCCAACAACGCAGAAGAGUUGAAGGCCACUAUCAGAGCAACCUGGGCUCUCAUAACACCUGAGCAGUGCCAGAAACUCAUCGACUCCAUGCCACGCCGCAUUAAUGCAGUAAUUGAGGCAAAAGGAGCUCCAACCAAGUAUUGAGUAUUGUACAUGCUCAUAUUUUUCAUUUUCAUACUUUUCAGUUGGCCAACAUUUCUAAAAAAUCCCUUUUUUGUAUUAGCCUUAAGUAAUAUUCUAAUUUUGUGACACACGGAAUUUUGGAUUUUCAUUUGUUGCCACUUCAAAUCAUCAAAAUUAAAUGAAAUAAACAUUUGAAUGCAUCAGUCUGUGUGCAAUGAAUAAAUAUAAUGUACAAGUUACACCUUUUGAAUGCAAUUACUGAAAUAAAUCAAGUUUUUCAAAAUAUUCUAAUUUACUGACUUUUACCUGUAGUACCUAAGUGGACUGUUGGCAGCUCUGCUACUGCCUUGUGUGGCUAGGCUAACAACGCUAGGCUAUGCUAACAACUGUGAAGCUAACAAAUGUGAAGCUAACAACGCUAGGCUAAUGCUAACAACUGUGAAGCUAACAAAUGUGAAGCUAACACAACGCUAGCCGUUAGGCUCUGGCUGUAGCGCUCUUCCUCAACUGCAGCUACAUAAACAUAGAAGUUACAUUCACAUUUCAUUUUCAUCCACUCAUUUUCAUUCGCUUUCAACCAAGUCUUGUCUGACUAACAUUUUGUUUGUCUUUUCAUCUGUCCAUUGGACCUUACAGUAGUAUCCUUGUUGGUUCCUGAUUUGUUCAUCUGUCCAUUGGACCUUACAGUAGUAUCCUUGUUGGUUCCUGAUUUGUUCAUCUGUCCAUUGGACCUUACAGUAGUAUCCUUGAUGGUUCCUGAUUUGUUCAUCUGUCCAUUGGACCUUACAGUAGUAUCCUUGAUAGUUCCUGAUUUGUUCAUCUGUCCAUUGGACCUUACAGUAUUAUCCUUGAUAGUCCCUGAUUUGUUCAUCUGUCCAUUGGACCUUACAGUAGUAUCCUUGAUAGUUCCUGACUACCCCUUCUUCCUCUCCACGCCCCCUUGUGCUCCUUGUUGACAUACCCUGCUCCUAAGGCCCCACCCCCUCUAUAUUCUGUAUGUAUAUAGGAACUACAGGCCUAUAUGUAGUCCCUAUGGUCCACUGCUCAUCUCCUGGACUCACAUAUCCAUGGGAUUAACAUCUCCUGGACUCACAUAUCCAUGGGAUUAACAUCUCCUGUACUCACAUAUCCAUGGGAUUAACAUCUCCUGGACUCACAUAUCCAUGGGAUUAGCAUCUCCUGGACUCACAUAUCCAUGGGAUUAACAUCUCCUGGACUCACAUAUCCAUGGGAUUAACAUCUCCUGGACUCACAUAUCCAUGGGAUUAACAUCUCCUGGACUCACAUAUCCAUGGGAUUAACAUCUCCUGGACUCACAUAUCCAUGGGAUUAACAUCUCCUGGACUCACAUAUCCAUGGGAUUAACAUCUCCUGGACUCACAUAUCCAUGGGAUUAACAUCUCCUGGACUCACAUAUCCAUGGGAUUAACAUCUCCUGUACUCACAUAUCCAUGGGAUUAACAUCUCCUGGACUCACAUAUCCAUGGGAUUAACAUCUCCUGGACUCACAUAUCCAUGGGAUUAACAUCUCCUGGACUCACAUAUCCAUGGGAUUAACAUCUCCUGUACUCACAUAUCCAUGGGAUUAACAUCACUGAUUUUGACCUGUUGACUUAACUCAUUAUCAGUCAUAUCCAGGCCUGCCCUGUAUUCCAACUGCUACCUGCUAGGCUAAAAGCUAACAGCUUUGGGGUCAAUGCCUGCUAACUAACUGCUACCUGCUAGGCUGAAAGCUAACAGCUUUGGGGUCAAUGCCUGCUAACUAACUGCUACCUGCUAGGCUAAAAGCUAACAGCUUUGGGGUCAAUGCCUGCUAACUAACUGCUACAUGCUAGGCUAAAAGCUAACAGCUUUGAGUAAGUGAUUAUCUGCAGGUGACAUUCAGUAUUAUAUGAGUAGGACUCCUUCCUCCUGUACAUGCUGAGUGUCUUCAUGUCAUGUUGUUGUGUGCCUCCAUCUCAGCUCCACUGUGUUGUGGUUAUCUCAUCCAGGCUCCAGCAACAUCCAGCGGGAGCUUCAGACCCCCACAGGGCUGAGCUAUCAGCCCCCCACUCCGCUGUGCAGCGACCACUUCUUUGGUGAGGACGCUGGCCUAGACUCCCCCUCUAGAACGCCCACUAGACCAUGUGACUUGUCACUCACCCAGACCACCAGCAACCUAGGCCCCGCCCCCAAUGCUCAGCCCCCCACCAUGGUGGUAGAGGAAGACACCUCUGGACCGCUAGACUCCCGGGGCGCCGGGGAGGGCGCCGGGGAGGGCGCCGGGGAGGGCGCCGGGGGAGGCGGGAGCCCUGAAGGGGCCUCCACUGAAGACGACACAGGGGUUAGCAGAGAGUCAGUGGCCUCACACGAGCCCCAUGACAGGGAGGCCGGGGUGAGAGAGGAGGCUGAGCAGGAUGUUGACAUGGGGAUGCUGAUACAUCAGAUUGAUCUUCCUCAGGGGGUGGUCAGGGAGGAUGAGUGGCUGGCUGUAGCCACAGGAGACCCACCAGAGACCCUCAGCUCUAGACCUGCCCUGGGGGGAGAGGGUCUUAGUACGGGGGGAGAGGGUCUUAGUACGGGGGUAGAGGGUGGUGGGUCUGGUUCUCCCGAGGAGGAGAUGAGUGAGGAGACGUUAAAGUCUCUGUUGGAGGAGAUGGCGCUGGAGGAAGGCUCGGAGGACGAGGAGAUGACGGAGGACAGGAUAAACGCCAUCUUGUCUCAGGUGCAGCAGGCAGACAAAGAUGUGAUGUCAUCACCUGCAGGUUGGCACAGUGAGACGUCCAGCGUGAACGUGGAGCCCCCGACACCUGGCCGCGGUCUGAGUGCUGAGGGCAUCGACUGCCAGGACACCAGGUAGGAUCUGAUAUUAUUAAUAUUAUUAUUAUUAAACAUGAAUAAUGUUAUCAGGGGUGGAGCUUAGCUUCCACUCCCGUGGGUCACCCUCCUGUGCGUAAAGUCUUCCUCAGUAUGGGCAAUCGCUACCUGAUUUCCCAAUUCCAACAUGUACAGAGAAUAUUGCUUUUUAAUAUAGCUACAUAUAGCUACAGAUGAAGUCGGAAGUUUACAUACACCUUAGCCAAAUACAUUUAAACUCAUUUUUUCACAAUUCCUGACAUUUAAUCCUAGUAAAAAUUCCCUGUCUUAGGUCAGUUAGGAUCACCACUUUAUUUUAAGAAUGUGAAAUGUCAGAAUAAUAGUAGAGAGAAUGAUUUUUUUCAGCUUUUAUUUAUUUCAUCACAUUCCCAGUGGGUCAGAAGUUUACAUACACUCAAUUAGUAUUUGGUAGCAUUGCCUUUAAAUUAUUUAACUUCGGUCAAACGUUUCGGGUAGCCUUCCACAAGCUUCCCACAAUACGUUGGGUGAAUUUUGGCCCAUUCCUCCUGACAGAGCUGGUGUAACUGAGUCAGGUUUGUAGGCCUCCUUGUUCGCACACGCUUUUUCAGUUCUGCCCACAAAUGUUCUAUAGGAUUGAGGUCAGGGCUUUGUGAUGGCCACUCCAAUACCUUGACUUUGUUGUCCUUAAGCCAUUUUGCCACAACUUUGGAAGUAUGCUUGGGGUCAUUGUCCAUUUGGAAAACCCAUUUGCGACCAAGCUUUAACUUCCUGACUGAUGUCUUGAGAUGUUGCUUCAAUAUAUCCACAUAAUUUUCCUUCCUCAUGAUGCCAUCUAUUUUGUUAAGUGCACCAGUCCCUUCUGCAGCAAAGCACCCCCACAGCAUGAUGCUGCCACCCCCGUGCUUCACGGUUGGGAUGGUGUUCUUUGGCUUGCAAGCCUUCCCCUUUUUCCUCCAAACAUAACGAUGGUCAUUAUGGCCAAACAGUUCUAUUUUUGUUUCAUCAGACCAGAGGACAUUUUUCCAAAAAGUACGAUCUUUGUCCCCAUGUGCAUUUGCAAACCGUAGUCUGGCUUUUUUAUGGCGGUUUUGGAGCAGUGGCUUCUUCCUUGCUGAGCGGCCUUUCAGGUUAUGUCGAUAUAGGACUCGUUUUACUGUUUACUUGUUUCCUCCAGCAUCUUCACAAGGUCCUUUGCUGUUGUUCUGGAAUUGAUUCGUGCUUUUUGCACCAAAGUACGCUCAUCUUUAGGAGACAGAACGCGUCUCCUUCAAAUCAAAUCAAAUCAAAUCAAAUCAAAUUUUAUUGGUCACAUGCGCCGAAUACAACAGGUGCAGACAUUGCAGUGAAAUGCUUACUUACAGCCCUUAACCAACAGUGCAUUUAUUUUAAACAAAAAAAGUAAGAAUAAAACAACAACAACAAAAAAGUGUUGAGAAAAAAAGAGCAGAAGUAAAAUAAAGUGACAGUAGGGAGGCUAUAUAUACAGUAAAAUAAAGUGACAGUAGGGAGGCUAUAUAUACAGGGGGGUACCGUUGCAGAGUCAAUGUGCGGGGGCACCGGCUAGUUGAGGUAGUUGAGGUAAUAUGUACAUGUGGGUAGAGUUAAAGUGACUAUGCAUAAAUACUUAACAGAGUAGCAGCAGCGUAAAAAGGAUGGGGUGGGGGGGCAGUGCAAAUAGUCCGGGUAGCCAUGAUUAGCUGUUCAGGAGUCUUAUGGCUUGGGGGUAGAAGUUGUUGAGAAGUCUUUUGGACCUAGACUUGGCACUCCGGUACCGCUUGCCGUGCGGUAGCAGAGAGAACAGUCUAUGACUAGGGUGGCUGGAGUCUUUGACAAUUUUGAGGGCCUUCCUCUGACACCGCCUGGUAUAGAGGUCCUGGAUGGCAGGGAGCUUUGCCCCAGUGAUGUACUGGGCCGUACGCACUACCCUCUGUAGUGCCUUGCGGUCAGAGGCCAAGCAGUUGCCAUACUUCCUGAGCUGUAUGACGGCUGCGUGGUCCCAUGGUGUUUAUACUUGCGUACUAUUGUUUGUACAGAUGAACGUGGUACCUUCAGGCGUUUUGAAAUUGCUCCCAAGGAUGAACCAGACUUGUGGAGGUCUACAAUUUUUUUUCUGAGGUCUUAGCUGAUUUCUUUUGAUUUUCCCAUGAUGUCAAGCAAAGAGCCACUGAGGUAGGCCUUGAAAUACAUCCACAGGUAAACCUCCAAUUGACUCAAAUGAUGUCAAUUAGCCUAUCAGAAGCUUCUAAAGCCAUGACAUCAUUUUCUGGAAUUUUCCAAGCUGUUUAAAGGCACAGUCAACUUACUGUAUGUAAACUUCUGACACACUGGAAUUGUGAUACAGUGAAUUAUAAGUGAAAUAAUCUGUCUGUAAACAAUUGUUGGAAAAAUUACUUGUGUCAUGCACAAAGUAGACGUCCUAACCGACUUGCCAAAACUAUAGUUUGUUAACAAGAAAUAUGUGGAGUGGUUGAAAAACGAGUUUUAAUGAUUGUAACCUAAGUGUAUAUAAACAUCCGACUUACAUUUUAGUCAUUUAGCAGACGCUCUUAUCCAGAGCGACUUACAGUUAGUGAGUGCAUACAUAUUUAUUUUUUAAUUUUUUUCAUACUGGCCCCCCGCGGGAAUCCAACCCACAACCCUGGCGUUGCAAACGCCAUGCUCUACCAACAUCCCUGCCUGCCAUACCCUCCCCUACCCUGCACGACCAAUUGUGCGCCGCCCCAUGGGUCUCCCGGUCACGGCCGGCUACGACAGAGCCUGGAUUCGAACCAGGAUCUCUAGUGGCACAGCCUUAGACCACUGCGCCACUCGGGAGACUUCAACUGUAUAUAGCAUAACCAGAAAAGAAUACGCACAGACAAAUGAUGUGGUGUAGCCUAUAAAUGGCAAAAUUGUAUCACAAAUAGCGUUGAAAAUUGUCUGAAACUACGAUGCAUUGUAUUAAAUACCUGUUCAUUUGUAUCUGCCCUAAUUUAUUCAAAUCAAUUUGAAGUAAACCCUAUUUAUCCAUAUUCAAGUUAGAUUCAGUGGUAACUCCCCUUCCAAGGAUUAUUUUCCCCUUCCAAUGAAUCUGUAGAAUGUUUAACCUGAUUUACUGCAUUUCUACACAAUUUAAAAGCUCUAAAAUGCUAUUUGGAGAACAGCAAAAACAAGCAAAAAAAUACAGCUGCGAGCAGCAAUGAAUGGGGUUCACAAGAUGACAAAAAGGACACAUGAUCAGCUGGGUAACAAAGCAAGCCAGCGUGGUUCAUCUUAGCGACGUCCAUGAUGGCGAUGACACGUUUCAAGGUGAUAGGCUACUGUGGAGUGGAUUUACAGGGGUUUAAAUGGCCAUCUCUUAACCAAUCCCUUAGCUUUUUCAAACUCUACUGAACAAAAAUAUAAACGUGCAACAAUCUCAAAGAUUUUGCUGUUACAUUAUUUACAGUUCAUAUCAGGAAAUCAUUCAAUUUAAAUAAGUUCAUUAGGCCCUAAUCUAUGGAUUUCACGACUGGGCUCCCAGGCCCACCCAGCCAAUCAGAAUGAGCUUUUCCCCACAAAAAUGCUUUAUUACAAACAGAAAUACUACUCAGCACCCCGCCCCCUCUGACGAUCCCACAGGUGAAGAAGCCGGAUGUGGAGGUCCUGGGCUGGCGUGGUUACACGUGGUCUGCGGUUGUGAGGCCGGUUGGACAUAUUCUCUAAAACGACGUUGGAGGCGGCUUAUGGUAGAGAAAUUAACAUUCAAUUCUCUGGCAACACCUCUGGUGGACAUUCCUGCAGUUAGUAUGCCAACUGCACAAUCCCUCAAAACUUGAAACAUCUGUGGCAUUGUGUUGCGUGACAAAACUGCACAUUUUAGAAUGGCCUUUUAUUGUCCCCAGCAGACGGUGCGCUCGCAUAAUGGUCAUGCUGUUUAAUCAGCUUCUUGAUAUGCCACACCUGUCAGGUGGAUGGAUUAUCUUGGCAAUGGAUAAAAUGCUCACUAACAGGAAUGUAAAAAAAUGUGGGCACAAAAGUUGAGAGAAAUAAGCUUUUUGUGCGUAUGGAACAUUUCUGGGAUUUUUUAUUUCAGCUCAUGAAACAUGGGACCAACACUUUACAUGUUGCAUGUUUAUUUUUGCUCAGAGUUAUUUAAGAGAUGUCCCAUGGGCCUACAGUGUCUUGGCACCGGUUAGUCAAGGUAAUUGAGGUAAUACAGUGUCUUGCAAAUGUAUUCAUCCUCCUUGGCGUUUUUCCUAUUUUGUUGCAUUACAACCUGUAAUUUAAACAGAUUUUUAUUUGAAUUUCAUGUAAUGGACAUACACAAAAUAGUCCAAAUUGGUGAAGUGAAAUGAAGAAAAUUACUUGUUUCAGAAAAUUCUAAAAAAUAAAUAGCGGAAAAGUGGUGCGUGCCUAUGUAUUCACCCCCUUUGCUAUGAAGCCCCUAAAUAAGAUAUGGUGCAACUAAUUACCUUCAGAAGUCACAUAAUUAGUUAAAUAAAGUCCACCUGUGUGCAAUCUAAGUGUCACAUGAUCUGUCACAUGAUCUCAGUAUAUAUACACCUGUUCUGAAAGGCCCCAGAGUCUGCAACACCACUAAGCAAGGGGCACCACCAAGCAAGCGGCACCAUGAAGACCAAGGAGCUCUCCAAACAGGUCAGGGUUGUGGAGAAGUACAGAUCAGGGUUGGGUUAUAAAAAAAUAUCAGAAACUUUGAACAUCCCACGGAGCUCCAUUAAAUCCAUUAAAUGGAAAGAAUAUGCACCACAACAAACCUGCCAAGAGAGGGCCGCCCACCAAAACUCACGGACCAGGCAAGGAGGGCAUUAAUCAGAGAGGCAACAAAGAGACCAAAGAUAACCCUGAAGGAGCUGCAAAGCUCCACAGCGGAGAUUGGAGUAUCUGUCCAUAGGACCACUUUAAGUCGUACACUCCACAGAGCUGGGCUUUACGGAAGAGUGGCCAGAAAAAAGCCAUUGCUUAAAGAAAAAAAUAAGCAAACAAAAGCCAUGUGGGAGACUCCCCAAACAUAUGGAAGAAGGUACUCUGGUCAGAUGAGACUGAAAUUGAGCUUUUUGGCCAUCAAAAUGCUAUGUCUGGCGCAAACCCAACACCUCUCAUCACCCCGAGAACACCAUCCCCACAGUGAAGCACGGUGGUGGCAGCAUCAUGCUGUGGGGAUGUUUUUCAUCGGCAGGGACUGGGAAACUGGUCAGAAUUGAAGGAAUGAUGGAUGGUGCUAAAUACAGGGAAAUUCUUGAGGGAAAUCUGUUUCAGUCUUCCAGAGAUUUGAGACUGGGACGGAGGUUCACCUUCCAGCAGGACAAUGACCCUAAGCAUACUGCUAAAGCAACACUGGAGUGGUUUAAGGGGAAACAUUGAAAUGUCUUGGAAUGGCCAGGUCAAAGGCCAGACCUCAAUCCAUUUGAGAAUCUGUGGUAUGACUUAAAGAUUGCUGUACACCAGCGGAACCCAUCCAACUUGAAGGAGCUGGAGCAGUUUUGCCUUGAAGAAUGGGCAAAAAUCGCAGUGGCUAGAUGUGCCAAGCUUAUAGAGACAUACCCCAAGAGACUUGCAGCUGUAAUUGCUGCAAAAGGUGGCUCUACAAAAUAUUGACUUGGGGGGAGAAUAGUUAUGCACGCUCAAGUUUUCUGUUUUUUUGUCUUAUUUCUUGUUUGUUUCAAAAUAAAAAAAUAUGUUGCAUCUUCAAAGUGGUAGGCAUGUUGUGUAAAUCAAAUGAUACAAACCCCCCAAAAAUCAAUUUUAAUUCCAGGUUGUAAGGCAACAAAAUAGGAAAAAUGCCAAGGGGGGUGAAUACUUUCGCAAGCCACUGUAUAUACAAACACCUCCCCCAUUAGCAUUCUUGUCUCUUCUAUAGAUGUUGUAUCCUUGUAUUGCUACUGCUGUAUCAUCAAAGGAAUUAUCUAAGUGAGUCUCAGAAAUGGCUAAUAUAUGAACGUUAUAUGAUGUUAGAAAGUUAUUAUUUUCAUGAACCUUAUUUCUAAGGCUUCAUAUAUUAAUAUGGGCUAUUUUUAACCUUUCCUGGGUAGCUUAUUAGAGAUAGACAUAAUACUGAAAAAAGCAAACAAAGCAAGAGAAUUAAACAAACAUUCAGCAGUCCAUUAAUCAGUUGGUGUGUGUGUGUGUGUGUGUGUGUGUGUGCGUGUGUUCUGCGUGGUUGAAGCUACGAACCCAUAGGCUUGGCUCACUCAUCCCUUCCAGGCUUCUGGGAGGGAGGGUGGACAAUGAGCCUGUCAUAGCGGAUGUAAGCAAUGUCACCACGCACUCUGGCAGCUUUCAUAGCUGGGAUAAGUUAUUUUCUCGUCUGGCGCACAGCUUCAGGAUAGUCCUCAUUGAGGAAGAUGUACGUUCCUCUCAAGUUCUUGGCUCUUUCCAGAACAGCUACCUUGUCCUUUAACCUAAGAUCACCAUGCGCAAUGCCAAGUGUCAGAUGGAGGGGUGUAAAGCUCGCCGCCAUUGGACUCUGGAGCAGUGGAAAUGCGUUCUCUGGAGUGAUGAAUCACGCUUCACCAUAUGGCAGUCUGACGGACAAAUCUGGGUUUGGUGGAUGCCAGGAGAACGCUACCUGCCCCAAUGCAUAGUGCCAACUGUAAAGUUUGGUGGAGGAGGAAUAAUGGUCUGGGGCUGUUUUUCAUGGUCAGGCUAGGCCCCUUAGUUGCAGUGAAUGGAAAUCGUAAUGCUACAACAUACAAUUACAUUCUAGACGAUUCUGUGCUUCCAACUUUGUGGCAACAGUUUGGGGAAGGCCCUUUCCUGUUUCAGUAUGACAAAGCGAGGUCCAUACAGAAAUUGAUUGUCGAGAUGGGUGUGGAAGAACUGUUGUAGAAAAUUGUCUUUGUCCUCAGUCAAAUACAAAGUACUUUCAGAGUUUUUGUAGAAUUAAGAUAGACUUUAUUACAGAUAAUAGAGCCGAGGUGGUCUGCAGAGCAUCUAACUUUCCACCUCUCAGCUCUCAGUUUAUAUUGUCACUUUACAUACAUUUUAGCUCAAUCCCUCCCUCUUUGGUUCCUCCACCACUGUCUCCAGUUUUCACCUCUUGACCGCUCCGCCCACUUCCUUAAUGGCGGUAUCUGACUUCUCUCCCUUAUAGUUCCGUGUCUGGAAACAAUAGUGGUGGGACCAAGCCCUGUCAUGCAAAAAUAACAGAGCCCUUUCCUGGCUCCGUUCUGACCCCCUAAUUGAUUUCCUUAACCUAUCAAUCGAUACUUAAACAUGGCUUAAAACAUGGCAGGUCCAUAAUCAAUUUCUUAAACAUAUACCAGCCUCCUCCCUCUGUACCACUCACUCCAAACGCCCCUCAUGCUGUGAUCAACCAUGUUUAGUCUGAACUCUGUUCAACCCUGGCUCUGUUCCAGGACUAUGCCUGAGGAGAGAGGCAAAGGGCAACAGUCUGGUUUCAGUCACUGAUAAGGCAGGACAGCCGUGGAUUAGGGAGGAGUGAGGAAUUUGACCCGAAGACAGGUCAGAUGAAAAGAGAAUCAACAGUCCUAUUUCUCCCAUAUACCAGGCAGGGCAAUGACUACACCAGGGUGAGGAACCAAUUAAGUUCUUGCCUAGCAACAGAGAUGUACCCAUGUUUAACCCUGGCUCUGUGUUCGUCAUGUUGUGAUUAACUAUGUUUAUCUUAUAGUCUACUGAGUCUGAAGAGAUGUAACUAUAGUCUACUUGUCACGCCCUGACUCAGGGGUACUCUUAUACAGUGGGGGAAAAAAGUAUUUAGUCAGCCACCAAUUGUGCAUGUUCUCCCACUUAAAAAGAUGAGAGAGGCCUGUAAUUUUCAUCAUAGGUACACGUCAACUAUGACAGACGAAAUGAGGAAAAAAAUCCAGAAAAUCACAUUGUAGAAUUUUUUAUGAAUUUAUUUGCAAAUUAUGGUGGAAAAUAAGUAUUUGGUCAAUAACAAAAGUUACUCAAUACUUUGUUAUAUACCCUUUGUUGGCAAUGACACAGGUCAAACGUUUUCUGUAAGUCUUCACAAGGUUUUCACACACUGUUGCUGGUAUUGUGGCCCAUUCCUCCAUGCAGAUCUCCUCUAGAGCAGUGAUGUUUUGGGGCUGUCGCUGGGCAACACGGACUUUCAACUCCCUCCAAAGAUUUUCUAUGGGGUUGAGAUCUGGAGACUGGCUAGGCCACUCCAGGACCUUGAAAUGCUUCUUACGAAGCCACUCCUUCGUUGCCCGGGCGGUGUGUUUGGGAUCAUUGUCAUGCUGAAAGACCCAGCCACGUUUCAUCUUCAAUGCCCUUGCUGAUGGAAGGAGGUUUUCACUCAAAAUCUCACGAUACAUGGCCCCAUUCAUUCUUUCCUUUACACGGAUCAGUCGUCCUGGUCCCUUUGCAGAAAAACAGCCCCAAAGCAUGAUGUUUCCACCCCCAUGCUUCACAGUAGGUAUGGUGUUCUUUGGAUGCAACUCAGCAUUCUUUGUCCUCCAAACACGACGAGUUGAGUUUUUACCAAAAAGUUCUAUUUUGGUUUCAUCUGACCAUAUCACAUUCUCCCAAUCCUCUUCUGGAUCAUCCAAAUGCACUCUAGCAAUCUUCAGACGGGCCUGGACAUGUACUGGCUUAAGCAGGGGGACACGUCUGGCACUGCAGGAUUUGAGUCCCUGGCGGCAUAGUGUGUUACUGAUGGUAGGCUUUGUUACUUUGGUCCCAGCUCUCUGCAGGUCAUUCACUAGGUCCCCCUGUGUGGUUCUGGGAUUUUUGCUCAUCGUUCUUGUGAUCAUUUUGACCCCACGGGGUGAGAUCUUGCGUGGAGCCCCAGAUCGAGGGAGAUUAUCAGUGGUCUUGUAUGUCUUCCAUUUCCUAAUAAUUGCUCCCACAGUUGAUUUCUUCAAACCAAGCUGCUUACCUAUUGCAGAUUCAGUCUUCCCAGCCUGGUGCAGGUCUACAAUUUUGUUUCUGGUGUCCUUUGACAGCUCUUUGGUCUUGGCCAUAGUGGAGUUUGGAGUGUGACUGUUUGAGGUUGUGGACAGGUGUCUUUUAUACUGAUAACAAGUUCAAACAGGUGCCAUUAAUACAGGUAACGAGUGGAGGACAGAGGAGCCUCUUAAAGAAGAAGUCACAGGUCUGUGAGAGCCAGAAAUCUUGCUUGUUUGUAGGUGACCAAAUACUUAUUUUCCACCAUAAUUUGCAAAUAAAUUCCUUAAAAAUCCUACAAUGUGAUUUUCUGGAUUUUUUUUCCUCAAUUUGUCUGUCAUAGUUGACGUGUACCUAUGAUGAAAAGUACAGGCCUCUCUCAUAUUUUUAAGUGGGAGAACUUGCACAAUUGGUGGCUGACUAAAUACUUUUUUUCCCCACUGUAUGUUGAGUCAGGGUGUGAAUGUUCUAUGUUGUUGUAUCCAGUAUGUGUAUUUCUAUGUUGGCCGGUGUGGUUCCCAAUCAGAGGCAGCUGUCGCUUAGGCAGCCUAUUGGCACUGUCUAGUUGUGGGAUCUUGUUCCGUGUAAGGUAUGUUGUGUGUUCUACCUUGGACUUCGUUUCGUUUGUUGUUUUGUCAUUGUGUUGAUAAGUUAAUAAACAUGUACGCAUAUCACGCUGCGCCUUGGUCUGACCCGUCAUUAAACGAAAGUGACACUACUGGAAAAUCCCAAUCAGAACUUGACUGGCCUGCACAGAGCCCUGACCUCGACCCCAUCGAACACCUUUGGGAUUAAUUUGAACGCCGACUGCGAGCCAGGCCUAAUUGCCCAACAUCAGUGCCCAACCUCACUAAUGCUCUUGUGGCUGAAUGGAAGCAAGUCCCUGUGGCAAUGUUCCAACAUCUAGUGGAAAGCCUUCCCAGAAGAGUGGAGGCUGUUAUAGCAGCAAAGGGGGGACCAACUUCAUAUUAAUGCCCAUGAUUUUGGAUGUUCGACGAGCAGGUGACCACAUACGUUUGGUCAUGUAGUGUAUUUCCACAUUGCGUGGACAAUGUUUUUCUAAUUCUAAUUGUAAUCUCCCCCCGCCCUCCCUCUCCCACCCUCCCCCUCCUCCUCUCCUCCCCUUCCUCUCUCCUCCCCUUGUCUCCCCUCCUCCCCCAGCCCUGUGAACUCCCUGGACUCCCUGACGACGUCACCUGACCGACCAGCAGGGAAAUACAAUGGAGACCACGCUGACUUCCUGUCCCAGCCUGGGUCACUUCCUGAGGCCCAGGGUUCGUCCAACGGGGAGAUGGGUCAUGGCCAGGUGGAGGACGAGGGAAGAGCGUCAGCGUCACAAGGAGGGCAGGAGGUGGGAAGCAGAAGGGCUCUGGAAGAGGACAGCACAGCAGGACCAAGCAGCAAGGAGGAGCAGGAGGAGGAGGGAGGAGUUCAGGGGUCACAGCACAAAGUCCAGGUAACUCUACACAUCAGGACUCUGUGGUAUUAUUAUGGAGAUGGAUUUUCUUCUGUUCUCUUCUCACUCACAAGGUUUCUGUGUUCUGAGAAAGACCAAUGUACUCUGAUAUCUAGCUGGUGAAGACCAAGUUCAAUGGAUGAAGGUGUAAAACAAAUGCAUGUUCUUCAGUUCUUCACAUUUAACCCUUUAACCUUUAACCCAGACAGUGGAUUUCUUUAAGACAAACCUAUACUUUACAUUUACAUUUACGUCAUUUAGCAGACGCUCUUAUCCAGAGGGACUUACAAAUAGGUGCAUUCACCUUAUAGCCAGUGGGAUCACCACUUUACAAUGUUUUUUUGGGGGGUUGGGGUUUGGGUUGGGGUAAGGGGGGGGUAGAAGGAUUACUUUAUCCUAUCCCAGGUAUUCCUUAAAGAGGUGGGGUUUCAAAUGUCUCCGGAAGGUGGUGAGUGACUCCGCUGUCCUGGCGUCGUGAGGGAACUUGUUCCACCAUUGGGGUGCCAGAGCAGCGAACAGUUUUGACUGGGCUGAGCGGGAACUAUGCUUCCGCAGAGGUAGGGGAGCCAGCAGGCCAGAGGUGGAUGAACGCAAUGCCCUCGUUUGGGUGUAGGGACUGAUCAGAGCCUGAAGGUACGGAGGUGCCGUUCCCCUCACAGCUCUGUAGGCAAGCACCAUGGUCUUGUAGCAGAUGCGAGCUUCAACUGGAAGCCAGUGGAGUGUGCGGAGGAGCGGGGUGACGUGAGAGAACUUGGGAAGGUUGAACACCAGACGGGCUGCGGCAUUCUGGAUGAGUUGUAGGGGUUUAAUGGCACAGGCAGGGAGACCAGCCAACAGCGAGUUGCAGUAAUCCAGACGGGAGAUGACAAGUGCCUGGAUUAGGACCUGUGCCGCUUCCUAUGUAAGGCAGGGUCGUACUCUCCGAAUGUUGUAGAGCAUGAACCUACAGGAUCGGGUCACCGCCUUGAUGUUAGCGGAGAACGACAGGGUGUUGUCCAGGGUCACGCCAAGGCUCUUCGCACUCUGGGAGGAGGACACAACGGAGUUGUCAACCGUGAUGGCGAGAUCAUGGAACAGGCAGUCCUUCCCCGGGAGGAAGAGCAGCUCCGUCUUGCCAAGGUUCAGCUUGAGGUGGUGAUCCGUCAUCCAUACUGAUAUGUCUGCCAGACAUGCAGAGAUGCGAUUCGCCACCUGGUUAUCAGAAGGGGGAAAGGAGAAGAUUAGUUGUGUGUCGUCAGCGUAGCAAUGAUAGGAGAGGCCAUGUGAGGAUAUGACAGAGCCAAGUGACUUGGUGUAUAGGGAGAAUAGGAGAGGGCCUAGAACUGAGCCCUGGGGGACACCAGUGGUGAGAGCACGUGGUGCGGAGACAGCUUCUCGCCACGCCACUUGGUAGGAGCGACCGGUCAGGUAGGACGCAAUCCAAGAGUGAGCCGCGCCGGAGAUGCCCAGCUCGGAGAGGGUGGAGAGGAGGAUCUGAUGGUUCACAGUAUCAAAGGCAGCAGACAGGUCUAGAAGGACAAGAGCAGAGGAGAGAGAGUUAGCUUUAGCAGUGCGGAGAGCCUCCGUGACACAGAGAAGAGCAGUCUCAGUUGAAUGACCAGUCUUGAAACCUGAAUGGUUUGGAUCAAGAAGGUCAUUCUGAAAGAGAUAGCAAGAGAGUUGGCUAAAGACGGCACGCUCAAUAGUUUUGGAGAGAAAAGAAAGAAGGGAUACUGGUCUGUAGUUGUUGACAUCAGAGGGAUCGAGUGUUGGUUUUUUGAGAAGGGGUGCAACUCUCGCUCUCUUGAAGACGGAAGGGACAUAGCCAGCGGUCAAGGAUGAGUUGAUCAGCGAGGUGAGGUAAGGGAGAAGGUCACCGGAGAUGGUCUGGAGAAGAGAGGAGGGGAUAGGGUCAAGCGGGCAGGUUGUUGGGCGGCAAGAUUUUAUCUGGAGAGAGAGGGGAGAAAGAAGUCAAAGCAUAGGGUAGGGCAGUGUGAGCAGGACCAGCAGUGUCAUUUGACUUAACAAACGAGGAUCGGAUGUCGUCAACCUUCUUUUCAAAAUGGUUGACGAAGUCAUCCACAGAGAGGGAGGAGGAGGGGGGGGGAUUCAGCAGGGAGGAGAAUGUGGCAAAGAGCUUCCUAGGGUUAGAGGCAGAUGCUUGGACUUUAGAGUGGUAGAAAGUUAACCCUACCUGGUUGUUACCCUAACCCUACCUGGUUCAUCAGGACAUAGGUGUUACCCUAACCCUACCUGGUUCAUCAGGACAUAGUGGUUACCCUAACCCUACCUGGUUCAUCAGGACAUAGUUGUUACCCUAACCCUACCUGGUUCAUCGGACAUAGUUGUUACCCUAACCCUACCUGGUUCAUCAGGACAUAGUUGUUACCCUAACCCUACACUGGUUCAUCAGGACAUAGUUGUUACCCUACCUGGUUCAUCAGGACAUAGUUGUUACCCUACCUGGGUUCAUAGGACAUAGUUGUUACCCUACCUGGUUCAUCAGGACAUAGUUGUUACCCUAACCCUACCUGGUUCAUCAGGACAUAGUUGUUACCCUAACCCUACCUGGUUCAUCAGGACAUAGUUGUUACCCUACCUGGUUCAUCAGGACAUAGUUGUUACCCUACCUGGGUCAUCAGGACAUAGUUGUUACCCUACCUGGUUCAUCAGGACAUAGUUGUUACCCUAACCCUACCUGGUUCAUCAGGACAUAGUUGUUACCCUACCUGGUUCAUCAGGACAUAGUUGUUACCCUACCUGGUUCAUCAGGACAUAGUUGUUACCCUACCUGGUUCAUCAGGACAUAGUUGUUACCCUACCUGGUUCAUCAGGACAUAGUUGUUACCCUACCUACCUGGUUCAUCAGGACAUAGUUGUUACCCUAACCCUACCUGGUUCAUCAGGACAUAGUCCUAACCCUACCUGGUUCAUCAGGACAUAGUUGUUACCCUACCCUACUGGUUCAUCAGGACAUAGUUGUUACCCUAACCUACCUGGUUCAUCAGGACAUAGUUGUUACCUACCCUACCUGGUUCAUCAGGACAUAUACCUAACCCUACCUGGUUCAUCAGGACAUAGUUGUUACCCUACCCCUACUGGUUCAUCAGGACAUAGUUGUUACCCUAACCCUACCUGGUUCAUCAGGACAUAGUUGUCUACCACCUAAACCCUACCUGGUUCAUCAGGACAUAGUUGUUACCCUACCUGGUUCAUCAGGACAUAGUUGUUACCCUACCCUACCUGGUUCAUCAGGACAUAGUGGUUACCCCUACCUGGUUCAUCAGGACAUAGUUGUUACCCUAACCCUACCUGGUUCAUCAGGACAUAGUUGUUACCCUACCCCUACCUGGUUCAUCAGGACAUAGUUGUUACCCUAACCCUACCUGGUUCAUCAGGACAUAGUUGUUACCCUAACCCUACCUGGUUCAUCAGGACAUAGUUGUUACCCUACCUGGUUCAUCAGGACAUAGUGGUUACCCUAACCCUACCUGGUUCAUCAGGACAUAGUUGUUACCCUACCUGGUUCAUCAGGACAUAGUUGUUACCCUAACCCUACCUGGUUCAUCAGGACAUAGUUGUUACCCUAACCCUACCUGGUUCAUCAGGACAUAGCUGUUACCCUAACCCUACCUGGUUCAUCAGGACAUAGUUGUUACCCUACCUGGUUCAUCAGGACAUAGUUGUUACCCUAACCCUACCUGGUUCAUCAGGACAUAGUUGUUACCCUAACCCUACCUGGUUCAUCAGGACAUAGUUGUUACUCUAACCCUACCUGGUUCAUCAGGACAUAGUUGUUACCCUAACCCUACCUGGUUCAUCAGGACAUAGUGGUUACCCUACCUGGUUCAUCAGGACAUAGUGGUUACCCUACCUGGUUCAUCAGGACAUAGUUGUUACCCUACCCCUACCUGGUUCAUCAGGACAUAGUUGUUACCCUAACCCUACCUGGUUCAUCAGGACAUAGUUGUUACCCUAACCCUACCUGGUUCAUCAGGACAUAGUUGUUACCCUAACCCUACCUGGUUCAUCAGGACAUAGUUGUUACCCUACCUGGUUCAUCAGGACAUAGUUGUUACUCUAACCCUACCUGGUUCAUCAGGACAUAGUGGUUACCCUACCUGGUUCAUCAGGACAUAGUUGUUACCCUAACCCUACCUGGUUCAUCAGGACAUAGUUGUUACCCUAACCCUACCUGGUUCAUCAGGACAUAGUUGUUACCCUACCCCUACCUGGUUCAUCAGGACAUAGUUGUUACCCUAACCCUACCUGGUUCAUCAGGACAUAGUUGUUACCCUAACCCUACCUGGUUCAUCAGGACAUAGUUGUUACCCUACCUGGUUCAUCAGGACAUAGUUGUUACCCUACCUGGUUCAUCGGGACAUAGUUGUUACCCUAACCCUACCUGGUUCAUCAGGACAUAGUUGUUACCCUAACCCUACCUGGUUCAUCAGGACAUAGUGGUUACCCUACCUGGUUCAUCAGGACAUAGUUGUUACCCUAACCCUACCUGGUUCAUCAGGACAUAGUGGUUACCCUAACCCUACCUGGUUCAUCAGGACAUAGUUGUUACCCUAACCCUACCUGGUUCAUCAGGACAUAGUUGUUACCCUAACCCUACCUGGUUCAUCAGGACAUAGUUGUUACCCUAACCCUACCUGGUUCAUCAGGACAUAGUUGUUACCCUACCUGGUUCAUCAGGACAUAGUUGUUACCCUACCCCUACCUGGUUCAUCAGGACAUAGUUGUUACCCUACCUGGUUCAUUAGGACAUAGUUGUUACCCUAACCCUACCUGGUUCAUCAGGACAUAGUUGUUACCCUAACCCUACCUGGUUCAUCAGGACAUAGUUGUUACCCUAACCCUACCUGGUUCAUCAGGACAUAGUGGUUACCCUAACCCUACCUGGUUCAUCAGGACAUAGUUGUUACCCUACCUGGUUCAUCAGGACAUAGUGGUUACCCUAACCCUACCUGGUUCAUCAGGACAUAGUUGUUACCCUACCCCUACCUGGUUCAUCAGGACAUAGUUGUUACCCUAACCCUACCUGGUUCAUCAGGACAUAGUUGUUACCCUACCCCUACCUGGUUCAUCAGGACAUAGUUGUUACCCUAACCCUACCUGGUUCAUCAGGACAUAGUUGUUACCCUACCUGGUUCAUCAGGACAUAGUUGUUACCCUACCUGGUUCAUCAGGACAUAGUUGUUACCCUAACCCUACCUGGUUCAUCAGGACAUAGUUGUUACCCUAACCCUACCUGGUUCAUCAGGACAUAGUUGUUACCCUAACCCUACCUGGUUCAUCAGGACAUAGCUGUUACCCUACCUGGUUCAUCAGGACAUAGUUGUUACCCUAACCCUACCUGGUUCAUCAGGACAUAGCUGUUACCCUAACCCUACCUGGUUCAUUAGGAGGGUGGUAGAGAUAAGGAGACCAGCUCUGAUGAGGAACGGACUGUCACCACCAAGGUGUACCGACGGAGGUUCAUUCUGAAGGUACCUGGCCUGCUUGUGGCACUGAGUGGUGUGUUGCCCCAGUGGGGCCUGUGCUGUUAUCAAUGUGCUGUCUGUCUGUCUGUCUGUCUGUCUGUCUGUCUGUCUGUCUGUCUGUCUGUCUGUCUGUCUGUCUCUCUCUCUCUCUCUCUCUCUCUCUCUGUCUGUCUGUCUGUCUGUCUGUCUGUCUGUCUGUCUGUCUGUCUGUCUGUCUGUCUGUCUGUCUGUCUGUCUGUCUGUCUGUCUGUCUGUCUGUGUGGCCUGGGCAUGUCUGUGUCUGUGGCCUGGGCAUGAUGUGAGAGACAGGCUCUACAGGAACCCAGAGCUCUGCUGCCUUUCUGCUUGACCAGCUGCUCCCAACUAA